AUGGUGUCCGCAACGGGACGUGACGUCAGCUCAGCAACGUCGCGUAAGCGCGGUGUCGACUCCAAUGGCUCCAUUCAGGGUCAGCCAUCCCCCAAGCAGCCGCGUAUCGAGGGGAAGACCGACCACACCAGAUGGAGACUCAAGGAUGACGACAGUCGCCACACGUGGCACUACCUCACCGACGACAAGGCUGCCGAGGAGUGGCCUCAGAGCUACGCUGAAAAGUACUACCUUAACCUGCCUCUGGGCCUCCCUGUACUCCCCAACCCCGAAUCUCCCCUAGCCGCCGCCGACAAUGGCCUCAAAUUCUUCGAAAAGCUUCAAUUGCCGAGCGGCCAUUGGGGCUGUGAAUACGGCGGCCCCAUGUUCCUCCUGCCUGGCAUUGUCAUCACCUGGUACAUCACCAAGACCCCGAUAUCCUCCGCCUAUGCGACCGAAAUAAAGAACUACCUCGCCGCACGGGCGCAUCCGGAUGAUGGCGGCUGGGGAUUGCACAUUGAAGGCGAGAGCACCGUCUUCGGCACGACCCUGAACUACAUCGUUCUCCGACUUGUCGGGGUUGACCCCGAGGACCCCUUGAUGGUCAAGGCUCGAGGAACCCUACACAAGCUUGGAGGAGCUCUCUACUCGCCACACUGGGCCAAGUUCUGGAUGGCAGUGCUUGGCGUGGUCGAUUGGGAUAUUGUGAAUCCCGUACCCCCGGAGAUUUGGCUUCUGCCUGACUGGCUUCCCAUCUCUCCCUGGAGGUGGUGGAUUCAUAUCCGAAUGGUCUUCCUGCCCAUGGGAUACCUGUACUCAAAGAGAUGGAGCUGUGAGGAGACGGACAUUAUCCGCGGCUUGAAGCAGGAGCUAUUCCCUCAACCACACAGCGAGAUCAACUGGGCAAGCCACCGCAACAGCAUCACGGCUGUCGACAACUACCACCCCAAGACAUGGCUUUUAAACACAGCCAAUUGGCUCCUGGUGAACGUCUAUAACCCCUAUCUCAGGACGGACGCCAUCAAGAACAAGGCCGAAGCUUGGGUCAGCGAGUUGGUUGAUAUGGAAGAUGCCAACACAGGCUAUGCUUGUCUCGCCCCAGUCAACGCCCCUAUGAAUACCCUCGUCUGCUACGUUCGGGAUGGUCCAGACGCCCCCACGUUCAAGCGACACAUCGAACGUCUGGAGGAGUAUUUAUGGGUCAAGGACGAAGGAAUGCUGGUCAACGGAACAAACGGCGUCCAGUGCUGGGAUACUGCCUUCCUGAUCCAGGCGGUGUUUGAGGCUGGGCUGCAAGAUGAUGAGAAGUGGCACCCUAUGCUCAUCAAGUCUCUCAAUUACCUCGAACGCCAGCAGAUUCGAGAGAAUUGCGUGGAUCAAGAGAAGUGCUACCGCCAACCCCGAAAAGGUGGCUGGCCUUUUAGCAACAAGGACCAGGGCUAUGGUGUCAGUGAUUGCAUAUCCGAGGCCUUGAAGGCGAUCAUCUUGCUUCAAAAGAAGGGAGGGUUCCCUGAGGUUCUCGAAGACCAGCGCAUUUUUGAUGCGGUCGACACGUUGCUUCUCUAUCAAAACGAUAACGGUGGCAUAUCGUCGUAUGAACAGCGCAGAGGAGGCGAGUAUUUGGAAAUGCUUAAUGCUGCUGAGGUGUUUGGUCGUAUCAUGAUUGAAUACGACUAUCCCGAAUGCACCACUGCUUGUGUCACUGCUCUUUCACUGUUUAAUAAGUACUGGCCAGACUAUCGGACAGACGAUAUUAAGCUGCUUAUCAAGAGGGCGACCAGCUGGAUCAAGACGAACCAGGCAUCUGACGGCAGCUGGUAUGGUAGCUGGGGCAUUUGCUUCACGUACGCAACUAUGUUUGCUCUCGAAAGCAUGACCAGCAUUGGUGAGACGUAUUCCAACAGCCAAGUUUCUAGAAGGGGUUGCGAUUUCCUCUUGUCGAAACAGAGGGCAGACGGUGGAUGGUCGGAGAGUUACAAGGCUUGUGAAACUAUGCAGUACCAUGAACAUCCUUCGGGAUCCCUUGUUGUGCAAACAGCCUGGGCCCUCAUCGGCUUGAUGGAGGCUGAGUACUCCAAUGUGGAGCCUCUCCGGAAAGGAAUCCAGUUCAUCAUGGACCGACAACAGCCCAACGGAGAGUGGCUGCAAGAAGCGAUUGAAGGCGUGUUCAACAAGUCCUGUAUGAUCUCGUACCCCAACUAUAAGUUUACGUUUCCCAUCAAGGCGUUGGGUAUGUUUGCGAGGAGGUUCCCGGACGAGAAGCUUGUGGCAGGGAUCAGCUUCCCGUCAUCGGAUGAGGAAGAUGAAGAGGAGGAGGAUGAGAAGGAGGAGUAG